AGGUGCCAGGCCUAGAAAGAGGCAGGCCUAGGCCCAGUCCCAGAGCAGGGGAGGAAGGAAACAGGCAGUGAGAGUGUUGCCUAAGGACCACAAGGUCUUGGUGGGGAAGGAGGGGCUGCAGGGACUGGAGUAUCUCAGGCCCUCUCGGUGGGUGGGGCCGGGAGCAGGGAUACCUAGGAAACAGACCUCCCUCUGGAAUUCAGAGUUGAGCCACUAAGUCACGGAGCUCUGGAACCUAUAAGAUAGAGGACGGCAAAGGCCCAUCCAGGGGUUGCCACACUCCAAAAGGACAGCUUGGGCCACGCACCAUGUGGUGGGCUCUGCUGCCGCUGCCGCUGCUGCUGUCCACGGCGCUGCGCCCGGCCUGGGCAGGGCCCCCCCAGGAGAGGGGCCUUCUUUUCCGGCUGACUCGGCAGGACCCCUGGGAGAGCGGCACCGGCAACGCCACGGGCUCGCCCUGCGAGGGGCUGCCCGCCGAGGGAGGCUCGACCUUGAGCCUCGCGAACCGCAGCCUGGAGCGCCUGCCAGGCUGCCUGCCGCCCGCGCUGCGCAGCCUGGACGGCAGCCACAACCUGCUGCGCGCCCUGAGCGCCGCCGAGCUCGCGCCCCUGGCGCGGCUGCAGGUGCUGACGCUGCGCCACAACCGCAUCGAUGCGCUGCGCUGGGGCCCCGGCGGGCCGGCCGCGCUGCACACGCUGGACCUCAGCCACAACCUGCUGGCCGCGCUGCCGCCGUGCGCGGGGCCCGCGCUGCCCGGCCUCCGCUCGCUGGCGCUCGCCGGGAACCCGCUGCGGGCGCUGCAGCCCGGGGCCUUCGCCUGCCUCCCCGCGCUGCGCCUCCUCAAUCUCUCCGGCACGGAGCUGGGCCGCGACCCCGGCGCGGGCAUCGCCGACGCGGCCUUCGCGGGAGCGGGCGGCGCGCUCGAGGUCCUGGACCUCAGCGGCACGUUCCUGGAGCGGGUGCAGUCAGGGUGGAUCAGAGACCUGCCGAAGCUCACAGCGCUUUACCUGAGGAAGAUGCCCAGGCUGAGAAUCCUGGAGGGGGACAUUUUCAAGAUGACCCCCAACCUGCAGCAGCUGGAUUGUCAAGACUCCUCAGCACUUACCUCUGUCCACACACACAUCUUCCAAGACACUCCUCGCCUACAGGUCCUUCUCUUCCAGAACUGCAACUUGAGUUCCUUCCCGCCGUGGAGCCUGCCUUCUUCCCAGGUCUUGUCCAUCAACCUCUUCGGCAACCCCCUCAUGUGCAGCUGUGACUUGUGCUGGCUCCUCAGGGAUGCAAAGAGGAUCAUCCUAAGCAGGGCAGCAGACACUGUGUGCGAACCAGCUCCAGGAUCCCAAGACACCUUCUCGGCCCCUCUUUCGCUGACCCAGCUGCCCACUGUGUGCCAUUUGGAUCAAAACACCACCCUCCUGGAUUCCAACUCGCCCGAUUCUGUUCCCUUCACCCAGACACCAUCUCCACAGGGUCUCGGCACCCCACCGAGCACGGCCGCCUCCACUCCACCUGUGGAAGCUGGACAGAGUGUCACCAAGCCCCCCUCCCUCCCCGCGGAUUCCGCCACACAGACUGCAGGGUCACACAGGGGCAUCAAGGUGGGGACCGCCCCGUCCACGGCCGUCUCCACGGCAGAUUCCAGCAGCUCCGGCGCUCUGCGCGGGGCUGCAAGCACCGCGGGGACGGAGCACCAAGGACAACACGCUGCCGAGCUGGUGCGAGCGCCUCACGUCUCGGCCGCCUCCACCGCCUCGGCCGGCAAACACCCUGAGCUCUUCCCUACCCCCCGGAGCCCAGUGCGGACGCCCCGGCCCGACUGCACGCCACAGGCCACCCCGCAGGAGCCCCACCCGAGUUCUUCCGAGGGCGCGAUCCCAAUCUUGCUGUUGGACGACUCCAGUGAGGAGGAGGGGGAGCAGAAGGAGGAGGUGGGAGCGCCUCCCCAGGACGUCCCCUGUGAUUACCAGCCCUGCAAGCACCUCCAGACCCCGUGCGCGGAGCUGCAGAGGCGCUCGCGGUGCCGGUGCCCCGGCCUCAGCGGGGAAGACACCCUCCCGGACCCCCCCAGGCUGCAGGCGGUGACCGAGACCAGCGACACGUCGGCCCUCGUCCGCUGGUGCGCCCCCAACUCGGUGGUGCGCGGCUACGAGAUCCGCUACUCUCCCGAGGGCCGGCCGGGGAACCAGUCGGUGACGGUGGUGGCGGACAUCUAUGCCACCGCCCGGCAGCACCCCCUGUACGGGCUCUGGCCCGGCACCACGUACCGUGUGUGCGUCCUGGCCGCCAACCGCGCGGGCCUGAGCCAGCCGCCGGUCUCGGGCCGGACGCGGGCGUGCGCCGCCUUCACCACCAAGCCCAGCUUCGUGCUCAUCUUCGCGGGGCUGUGCGCCGCCUGCGGCCUGCUGCUCGUCAGCACCCUGCUACUCGCCGCGUGUUUGUGCAGGCGGGGCCGGACGCCGCGCCCGCAGCGCUACGACACGCACCUGGUGGCCUACAAAAACCCCGCCUUCGACUACCCGCUGAAGCUCCAGACUCUCAGUUAGCUCAGCGCCCCCUCCCGCACUCGAACUGGCGCCUGUGUGCAGAAAAGAAGAUACAGAGGGUCGAAGGUGACCCCGUCAGCUCAGCAUGCCUCUAAUUCCUGUGAAGCCAGCACUCUUCGGGCACAAAGGGAACUUGCCACGCAGUUUCUCGGUCCGAGGAACCACUGCCUUCCCUGCCUUCUACUUCUCCGUUCCCGGAAACGUUAGAGUUCACACCAGACCACUUCCGUUGCGGCGGGGCAUCCUUGCGUGUGACUUGGAUUUUUGAGCAGUCAGUGCCCCUUGGUGUCCAGUCGAAUAGGUUGGGUGUGAAAGUAGGAAGAGAUAAAACAGUUCGCACAAGUCAGUCUCUUUUGCAGUAUUGGACGUGACAUCCUCAGGUCAAUUCAGGGAGGUUCCCUUGUGGUUAAGCUCUGGCUAAGGCACGUGGUAUUCAAGGAAUCAGUUCCAGCAGAUUCUUAAUCUGAGAACUGGGGAUAAGGGAGAGCUACUGGUUGUUUCCUGAGGCGCUCCGGGUUGAUUGCGUUUAUUGGCAAAAAAUGUGCUUCUAGCUUGGUAGUUAAAACUGCAGUCUUCUGGGAACAUCUGUGAAACAUAAGGAUAAGCUGUCCUUUUUAAAGUCAUUGUUUACUGCACUUCUCCAUAGUCUAGGUGGUCAAAGAAACUAUGAACUCCUUUUCCUAAGAAAGCAUAAUAAGGUCACUUUCAGGAUUUGGUCUUUUUAAAAAAGAGAUGAACAAAAGAGAACCUCAAGGCUCUAGCUAGAGGCCAAAGCACUUUGCUCUCCAUUGCAUCAAACAGUGCCCUCAUGAUUUGUAUCUGAGUGUGGACUAUGCCUGCAGACACCCCUUUUCACUUGUAUGCCAACUUUAAACAAGUGAUUUUAUAAAAUUACAACGUGGGUCAUAUUUCUAGAUUUACAUUUUCUACAUUAGUAUUUAUUUCACUUUUCUGUGACUACUGUAACAAUGACCACAAACUGGGUGGCUGAAAACAACAGAAAUCUAUUCUUAUAGUUCAGGCCAGAAAACCACAACCAAAGUAUCAGCAGGAGUGGUUUCUUCUGAAGACUCUGAGAAUUGUUCCAUGCCUGUCCCGGUGGCUGGCAGUCCUGGGUGCUCCUUGGCUUGCAGAUAAAUCCAAUCGAUGCCUCCAUUGUCUUGUGGCAUUCUCUGUGUCCAAAUUUCUCUUUUAAAAAAAUAUUUCUCCCCCAUCUUUACAGAGAUAUAAUUGGCAUAUAACUUGGUGUAAGUUUACAGUGUACAACGUAAUAAUCUGAUACACAUAUAUAUUGGGAAACGAUUAUGAAAAGGUUACCUUCACCUCACAUGGUUACC